UUGUAAUUGCAGUUCCCGGAUGGCUGGUGAUUCCAGACGAAAAUGUAAUGGCGGCUGUACAGGUGAAUUUGGAAAAAAAUCACAGUUUGAUGGUGGGUAUUUAGCCGUUCUCCCGAUAUCGGAGGAGAAGGACCACAUCACCAUGGUGUGUAAGAAGGAAGUUAUCAACUGGUUCCGUGAUCUCAGAGCCUGCAGGAGGAUAGAGUUCCUGUGUGCGUUGAUGGAUUGCUGCGGUCCACUGGAAUUACGGUUUCUGGGAACGUACAUCGAGGAUUUGGGUCGGCGAGAUUACGAGCGGCUCCGCGAGAUGGAACUUCACGCAAAUGAUGUAAACUAUUUGUCCAAGUUGACCAACAUUUCAGAUAUACGGAUACUUGAUAAAGUACUAACGAGCCUGGCGCUUAUGUAUUCAACUUGUAAAGAUGGUGCAAGGGUGCUCUUUAAAACUCUGAAAGAGCACACCAACACUAUUUUGAACGGAGCCCGGGAGCCGUGUUCUGAGACCCACGAGAAAGUUGUUCUACUUGCCGUUAUGGCUUUGAACCACCCAGCAUUCACAUUCAGUGAGAAGCAGGCCCUAAGAACACAGCUUUCAGCGUUACUACAAGCCGUUGAAAGCAUUGCUGUGGCACCUUCCGAUCAGGAUGUUGAUGAUGAGGUGAACGGCAUUACAGACAUCACCAGUGCGUUGAAAGAGCCCUCAAACCAACUACUGAGGGAGGUCAUUGUCACCCAGCCCCAGGCUCCUGAACAGGACCCCAUUGAUGCAGGAGAGAAUGCACUGGAAGAUGUGAGCUGUAAUGAUGGUUCUAUGAUGGGCCUGGACAAGGACAAGAACUUAAGUCCUAGAGACCCAGACAACCCAGUUCUCAUCUGCAAUAUUGAGGGCAAGGGCCUAAAGAGAAGACAAUCAGAUAAGCGAUAUGAGUACAUCUUCUUGGUUCACUGGUCGGAUGGUAUGGUCACCAACAUAAGUAAGACACACGGCCAGCUGCUAGACUUCCAUUGCAAGUUAUCCAAGCUCUUCCCUGAGGAGGCAAGGGAGCAGCAACAUCAUGACCGAGUUAUCCCUUACUUACCUGCAGGCAAGAACAUCUUCAGCACAGCCCACAAGGGAGAACUGGCUGAGAAGAUGCUGCCAGAGAUUGCCGUGUAUGCCAAGCAACUGUCUGCGUUACCACAGCAUAUCCUUCAUUGUGAGCUGACCUACACCUUCUUCCAAUCGUCUGAGGAGUCUGUGAUUUCUACCCUUGAUGCUAGUAAGAUGGCAGGCCAGACAAACCCCACAGCUCAAGAACAAGAUGUGAAAUCAAGUCCCAGCCCAACUCAAGUCUACCAACAACUCCCCCAGCACAUGCAGCAGCCUCAACAUCAGCAGCAGCAGCAGCAGUAUCCACUGCAACCAGACAUGGAUCAGCAGCAUCUUCAAGUACAAUACCAGCAGCACAUGAUGACCAACUCCCUGCAGCAGCAGCAGCAGCAGCAGCAACAGCAGCAGAAGUACCACAAUCAAAUAGUCAGGCAGCAAGCACAGUUGCCCUUCUCCCAAGCCUCAGUGCCCCCACUGAUGGUGCCUUCACUUCCCCAGCAUCAGCAGCCUCCAUCAAUUCAAAUCCAACAACAGCAGCAGCAGCAAAGUGACUUGUCCUUACAUCAUGGUCAGCUCCAGCCUGCUCACCAGCAAGUCAACCACCCCAAGAAUCAGUCACACCCGGCGCCGACGUCUCAAACGCAGCAGCUACCACCACAACCGCAUUCUGUCAAUGCUCACUACCAGGAAUUCUAUGCCCAGCAGGACAACGGCAUGCUGACCUCCAAACAAAACCAAGGCACACAUCAACAAUACAGCAAGUACUCCAAACAGCAGCGACAGCUCCAACAUCAUCAGCAGACAGACGGUGUGACAUCUCGUCGAAGUCAAUCUGAUCCAACGCCUCCGUCGUCCCAGCCAAACCCUCAUCACAACCCAACAGCUCUAGUCAGCCAGAUAAACAUCUCCCAGCACCAUCAGGUCAACCUAUCCACCCCCAUCAUUCCCCCGGCAGUAGCCAAUAACUCCAGCAGCAGCUUGGGUGUCUGCCAGCAAGGCACUGCGGUCACGUCAUCUGUCGUGACCACGACGGCCAGCAGCAACUCCGUGUACUAUCAGACUGUAACUAGUAUCAUCUCAGUACAGAGUCCCACCCCGGAUCCCUACACCACUGCAUCAAAUAACACAGGAUCUUCUCAGCACUUCAAAGCAUCAACUAGCAAGGAACAAGCCAAGCAUCCAAACAUUUCUACAUACUCCCAGAACCCUCCCAUGCCAAAGCAUGCCCCACCUACGCCAACGUACACUGCCAGUCUAAUGCCAAACUCCACCCACCCCUCCAUCUCCCAGUCCCCCUCUCACUCACCUGCCCCCACCUCCCACAGCCCUGCCCUCUCAUCAGCCAAUCGGCCUUGGCAGGCUCCGCCAAAUAGCACCAUGGCCACACCCAACAGCACCAUGGCCCCGCCCAUCGGCUCCAUGACCCCACCCAACAGCACCAUGGCCCCACCCAACAGCACCAUGGCCCCGCCCAUCGGCUCCAUGACCCCACCCAACAGCACCAUGGCCCCACCCAACAGCACCAUGGCCCCACCCAACAGCUCCAUGGCCUCGCACAACAGCAGCAUGGCCAUGUCUUACUACAGCCAAUACCACAGGGACAACGUGGACCCCUUGAUCCGUGAAUGGUUGAAGAAACAAAGACUUCACAAGUAUGCCAAGUUCUUUGAGGGCAAAUCUUUAGAACAGGUGCUUCAACUGAGUGACAAGGAGGUGGAUUCUUGGGACAUUGUGCAAGGAGCCAAAGGCAGAAUCAAGUCACAGCUAGAACGACUCAGGCAAAAAGGUCUAACUGGCCUGAACGGGUUGUCCCAGUUGAUGACCCACACACCGCCCCCUGCCUACUACUACCCAGGCCAAAUCUACCCUCCUCUCAGCACGGCCAUGCUGUCACAGAUGUACAUCCCCCCUGGGAUGGGAGGGGAGGGGACCGGGUCAGAAGGGUCCAGCUCCCCGUCCAGUCCCAGAGAGAGCUCAGAUGAAAACGAGAGAGAAUCUGAGGGCAGUGAGGGUUCUGUGCUGUCGUCACCUGAUGCCCGGUCCUUGGCUAGUGUAAACAGAGACCCUGGAAAUCAGCAGCAGCAACAGCUAGCUCAAGAUAACAACAGCCCUUUGCCAAUCACCCAGCAGAUCAACCCUCAGUAUGGCCAGAUGAACACUCUCCCAACACCUCAAGGGAGCAUGCUUCAGGGGAACCCCCACAACUCCCAGGCCAUGCCAGGAUCUCCUCUUACCAAUCCAGCAGCCAAUCUGAAUUACAACUACAAUGCUGUUUACCCCUCCCCGAACAUGGACCAGCUGCCUACAGGACCUGUGGAUCUGAGACGGCUUAUAGACAGCAAUCAGAGACAGUCCGACAGCCGGCUUACUCCCGUUCCAAUGAUGGAUGUUCCCAAUCCCUCAGUCAAGGCAGGCAGUGGCUUGCACGGCAGUAACAGCUCUCACGCUGGCAACAGCAGUGGAAACGGUUGCUCUGGCCUGGACAACAUGGGAAGACAGCAGAUACAGGUGGUUGGCCAUCUCGGCGAUCCCAACAUGAUGGCGGUGCCUCCUCCCAACAUCCCGCCGCCAUUGGCGUCCCUCAACCAAAUGGACAUGGGGACAAACAUUCCAUCCCAGGUAGUUGGCAUCAAGCAGCAGCAGCAACAACAGCAACUAUCUUCAGGCCAGCAGCAGCAGCAGCAGCAGCAGCCUACUCUGCCGGGUAUCCAGUACUCCAUUGAGUGUGCUGACUCCAGCAUGUUCAAAAUGCCAUCCAUUACCGUGCCCGAUGUUGUCCCCACUUCCACCAUCUCCCCCGGUCUCUCCAUACCCUCAUCCUUACCACUGACUCCGACAGUCUCCGGCACCAACAGCCCGCGACUCCUACCCAGUCCCAUCAACCCAAACUUCCCUGGCACCAGAUCAGGCUUUGCUCCCCAGAACAUCCCCUCGUCAUUUCCCAUGCGGCAUGGAGGGGAGCAGUAUCAGGCCCCGACCUCGGUGACCUAUGUGACUAGCAUGGCCCAGAGCCCAUCCAUCAGCUUGUCAAACAGCAACAUGUACGAUAACAACCCCAACAACAUGAUGUACAACAACAACAAUCAGGCAGGUUAUCCAGUGGGCAACCCAGGCUGUACGUCCUGUGGCUGCAGUGGUCGGUGUGGUACCUCCGGGACACACCACGGCCCAGUCCAUCACUUCCCGCUGCAGAGUGCCUACCCAUCGAGCCAAGUCGCCUACCAGAACAUUCCCAACUUCUUCCCCAGUAACCUGCCCGGAAUUCCCCCUCCCACCAGCAUGAUAUCGUCUCCCAUUCCUGGAAGUCCCCGAUUCCCGGGACCCAUGUUACCUUUCCAGAACGUGCCCAGUGAGAUGCCUUAUGGGGGCAAUAACCAGUUUGGGCUGAUGCCUCAUGGUCAGGUGUACCUUGGUGGCAUGAGCUAUGGACACAGGGGCAAUCAUGGAGGGCAAGGCGGCAAGAAACGAACGUGCUACAAUUGUGGUGGCAUUGGUCACCGACCAUCAGAGUGCCAACAGCAGUCCAUGGAAUCAGUCACUCAGAAAAGUCUGUACCACCUAAAGUGGGCUCCUUUACCGGAAUCUAACGUCAACAAUGACAGCUAAUACACGGCCCAGGCCCCGCCCUCUUCCCCCUAUGUUAUUGGACAGAGACUUCACUGUAUAGAUUUGAAUACUAAUUACCUGCAGCGUUGCUGCUGGCUGGAGCAAUUGCAAACAAGGUAACACUUUUUAAAUACAGGAUAAAUUAUUCAUGAAGAAUCAAAGGAACAAUACACUGGUUUGGUUUUGUAAAAUCUGCGUUGAUGAAACAUUCAUGAGAAUAUGUUGAACAAUCUGAAUAAUUCAUGAGAUUGUGUUGAGUAAAUGAGAGUGAAAUUUUCAGAGCAAGAAAGAUCAUUUGGCUUACUUUGAAGAAAAUAAUCCAGUGUACUGUUUGAUAUUUUUGUGUGAUCAAGUCUUAAUUUGCGGGUAAAAGUUUGUGUCAUGAUAGCAGGAAAGAGGCUUUCAAUGAUUUUAUUCAACAGUUUGAUUCAGUUGAUUGCAGCUAUUGCAUGCAUAUUUGUAUGCCUAAGUUUACUCUUGCUGCUGUGUGCAUAUUUGUAAGCCUUGGUAAACUCCUGAAGUAUUUGAAUCAAAAGGGUUUAAAAGGUGAUUGAGAUCUACAUUCAGAGUUUGAAACUUGUCAGGAAUUCUGUUGAAAGAUGGAUGCCUCCAAAUAGAAAUAUUAGAUGAGUAAUUAUUUGGGGCAUUCAGCAGAUUAGUAGAUCCUGAUCAUACAAUCUGUUCUUUUAAGUUAGUGUGUUCUGUGUCCCAUUAAAAAGGUAAAAGUUUGAUACCAAUUUAAAAAAUAGUUGAUACAAAAUAGUUGACAUACAUAAAUAGAGAGGUUUUGCAACAGAAACAAUAUCAAGAGUACGUACAAUGGAGGAGUUGUUUUGUGGGAGUCAAGACAUCGUUGUAGCAGGAAGCAAGUCAGUCUAGUCGUCCCUUUGUUAAUUGACUUCAGUGUGGAAGUUGUAGUGUUAGCCGAAACAUAAAUUCAUAAAGCCUACAAGGGGCAAGAUGCCCCCAACGUCAAGCUCUUCUAAAGUUUGGUAAUGCUGGAGUGACCAAAAAGGGUCAGCAGUUGUGCCUUCGCUGGUCUGAAGAAUCGCUGAACUUGUUUCAAAUUACUGAUAUAUAAAAACAUUGAAGGUUAACUCUGUCUGUGCAGUGAUGAACUGGGCCCAACUUCAUGUAUCUUUGCUCAAAUUGAAGAUAGAAAUGGAACCAAUUACCCCUGUGAUGUUUUUUUCUGCCUGAUUUGGUAUUGUUCAUGAACAAAACAAUCAUUGAAGGUGGUUUAGACAAAGUGUGCCUGUGGCCACCUUUCAUUUUAUCUGUGUAAACAAUGGAAUCCAGGUAUGAGACUCACAAAUUGUGCAUAUGUUUUUCAGUUUUCUCAAAGUGUAUAGUAUAUGUUAGUUUUUGAGCAAUUAUUGUUGUUCCCAACCAAAACAAAUCUCAAAAGCAAAUGCUCCUAUGUAUGUUCCUGUUACGACAUUAGUGCCGGUACAGUAACUCAUGUUUUGUUCAGCAGGUUUUUCUUGACUUUGUACAUAUAUGCCUCUCCUUUGGUUUAAUUAAACUAUUCAAAACUGGUCGUAUUAAACUAUUAGUGCUCAAACAAAAGUUGAAAUACUUUUUGUGAGCCGACAAUUCGAGAGUUUGCAGACCUUCAACUGACAGAUAUCAGGUAAAACAAAAUCAAGCGCACAACUGUACAGUCACAAGAAUUGCAGCUUUUUCAUUGUCAAAAUCAUCAGCUACUUAAUUACACUUAAUGUAAAAAGUAAAUAUCAAGAAUUAUUAGAAAUUCUGUAUUGUUAUGUCUUUGAGACAGAGAAACCUACAUUGAUUUGUUGCUAAUUUGGUUUACUUUAGACACCGGAAUAGAUGGUUUGCACUGUGGCCAUCUUUGAGGUGUGUGCUUUUGUUCACUCGGGAUACAUAUGAGUGGACCUCUUGUGCAUUCAUUGUUAAUGAAUGAACAUUCAACAAAACACGCAUCAAAGAUGGCUGCUGAAUUCAAUCCAUCUGUAAUCCGGCCUUGAUGAUGUUCGUGUGAACCAUGUAAUUUGUUUUGUAGAUACUUUUUUGAUGCUGGUACCUUUUGACUAAGCUAAAUUGUAAUUAAUAUAUUAAAUUUUUAUUUUGAGGUUUUUAAAACAAAUUUUUUUUUGGCCAAAGUUAUUACGGAAAACAGGUAUUGAAGCCAAAUAGACCAGUGUGAAGCAACUGAAUGUAUAUAGAAACAAAAAGUGGCAUUUUAAUGUUUAUAAAAACAAGGCAGAUGUUGUACAAAAUAGCUUAUUUACCUCAGAAAAGAAUCCUUAAUUAAGUGGUCUGGUGCUGUGUUAUCUGCGACCUAUUCUGUUUAUUCUGUCGUUACAGAGCCCUCUGUAGUGGAGCACUGAAAAGUCUUUGAUUCUUGUAAGACCAAAAAGAUAUUAACUUAGGUCAUCAAUUGUCUCAUCACUUUAUUAAACAGGUGAUUGUCAAAACCAAAUUCUGAGGGGAACCUCUUUUUGUAAGAAUUCUAAAUAGUCUGUUGAGUCUUAGAAACAUUGACAGUUCGUGAACCCUUUGAUGAUAUUGCUUUUUAUUUGCAAGUUGUUUUUUGAAGGGAAAAAACACGGUAAUUUUUUUGUUUCUCAUAAAGGAAGAUGAACAUCAUUUUCAAUUCAGUUUUGUGUAUAAAUCGUCACCGUCUGUCAGGUUUUAUUAGUCAUAAUGUGAUUCAUACAUCAGUCAGUUUAACACCGUUACUUUACCCUUUCUAAUUCCCAAGUCGUUGUGUCUAUAUAUACCGUCAACGUUAAGAUAAUUACACGGUCCUCCAUCCAAUUAUUUUUUUUGCCAGAGCAGAAAUGCUUAAGCGAGAGAAUUGUUCGACCUUUUUUCCACUUCUCCGUUCAAGAUGGAAACAAAUCCACGCAGUCACUUACAAAGGCUCAUAAUUAUUGUGCGUUUGAAAGGGUAUUUCACAAUAAGUGAACUUCAAUCAUUGAUGGUUGAAUAGGCGUUGCUUUUGUUACCGAAUGCUUGGGGGGGUGUCCCGGUAACUCUAAAUGUCAGAGCCUGAGAGGACUUGCGCUAAAAACGCUUUGAAUUAUCCUUAUGGUUUUUUUCUUCACAUUGUUGUGAGGUGCUUGUAGGCGGGCUAUUCGCAUGACAAUAAACUCCCCAACCCCAGCAGGACUUCGGUCAAAACUGCAUUAAAACACGAAGCUGUUUUAAAAUCCUAGAGUUUAAUUUUAGAAAAUUCUAGCGCCAGCGGUCCGAUAAUGCAUGGAAACCUCAAGAAUUGUAUUCAGGCCGUUAUUUUUUUCCAUCACUGUUUCCAUGGUGAUUCCAUUAUUCUCCAAGCAUUAGAAAACAAAGAAAAUAUGUAUUUUUUUUUUAUUGCUAGCCAGAUCUAAUUUAUGCAGGUUGCCGCUUCAGGGCUCGAAUUGUUGAGGGAGCUAGUUUUAUUGAAGUAAAAUUGAAGAUUCAUGUAGUUAUACACACCUUACACGAUCCUGUCAUUCCGUAAACAAACCCGCAGCUUAGUUCUAUGGCAGUGGAAAUGUAAUCACUUGGUAAUGACAAUAUCUGGUAAUGGGACUACUAAGUCAUAAACGGUACGGCCAGCAGAUUGUUUUUCUUAGACGGUGUUAACGUGUGAUUUUGUCAAAGUUAUUUGGCGAUAGCAAACCUCAUCGACAUGAGGAAAAUGUGACAGUAUUUUAUCGAGAAAAACUGAACUGUUUUUUCAUGCAAGAGGACUGCAGUUAAGGUAAAGAAAUUUUAUGAAGCGUAACCACGAUUUUGGAAGUAACCCAAUAAUUGUCAUUAAAUGUAAAUUGUUACUGUCAUGUUCAAAGAUAUUAGAAAUAGACAUGUCCCGUGUGUAUCAAGCAUUGAGAUGUCUUUUCUGUUUUGGGUUGGGUUUUUUUUGGGCGUUUGAAUUCGUUUUCACUCGGCUGUCGUGGAGUAGUGAAUUUAGCCCUUGAUUUCAUUAUGCCCCUUUGUCGUAAUCGAAAGAAAGAGGGGAAUAUCUUGAUCUCCAGGAUUUUACAGUAGGGCACUCACAGGACAGUAAUUAGAUGGAGGUCGUACGUGCAAGGAGAAUGGAUGUCAGAAUUAUGAGGAAUGAACGUCAGAAUUAUAAAAUAAAAAAAAGAAAAAGAUUUUCUCCUAGUUCCGUUAUCUGCAGGGUUUUACUGGAUCUGAUUCAGAACUGACAGGUACUGUGACAGGAGGAAAAGUUAACGCAGAUUACAACGAAAGUUAUACUUUGAUUUAAAAAAAACAAUCGGCAAAGAAUCGAUACUCUAGGAAUUCAAGUAAAGACCCAAUUUUCACUUUAUAGAUGAUAUUUUCAUAAACUGGUCAAUUAUUGGGAAAUAGUAAUCUUAGUUUAGGUCCUAUAACUUAGCAACCAUGUACAUGUUUUAUUACAGCCGCUGUUUUCAUAGUUCUCUGAGAAACUUAGUUCUUUUUCUUUUUUUGUAAUCCACAGAGUGAAUCUAAGAAUAAAGAUAGGUUUUAAGGUUACGAAUGUAAACCUUAUAAUUAAACACAUUAAACAUCUCGUUCCUUGGAAAUGUGUGAAGUACAUUGCGGGUAGUAAACAAGACCACUUGACCAACAAGAAAGGCUUUCUGAUGGUGCUGUGAAACUGCGAGCUCUUGGCAAUUGUUUCAUCAAUUUAAUGUGUUGCAUGAAGUAGUACUGGGGAUAUACCGGGAACUCUGCUAUAAAAGGUACACACAAGUCAUGUGUCAGCCGAGUCGUUAUUUUAUGCAAUUUGAACGAUGGUUUUAUUGUUUAUUUUAACUUUGUUUGUUUGUUGUCUGUUCACUAUCACCAAGUCCUUUGCUAAGACAUAGGAACCAUUGACAGUAGUGUGCUCGUUUAAAUAUCACUAAAAUUUAAUUUGUACAAAAAAAAGGUUUUAUGUCUGACGAUAUUUUUCGGUAUUAUCUUCCACAUGUCGUAAACUUGUAUUGUGUUUCAACACUGUACAUGUUCAUGUAUAGAGUUUUAAACGGGGUAAAUAAUUGUGUGCAAUGUGCUUGCUUUCGGUUUGUGGCUCACUUGUAUAAAGUGAAAUAUGAACUAUUGUGUUUGUCCUAUGUGGGCUAUAUCUGAUUUAAUCGUAAGUUAAAUUUAUGUCAUUGAUAUUACUGCCCUUAAGGUUUUGUAUUCCAUUUGUGCGCGGUUCCAUUAUUAUGUAAGUUACAGAGAAAGAAUUCCUCAAUUUUAAGUUGGUUAUCUAUGUGAAUUUGGAAAUAAGGAUUAAGUGUGCAGUUAUGACAAGUCAGGCGGGUAAGAUUCAAGUAUUGCAGGAAGCGAAAGGAAUGCCUACAAUUUCUAAGUAGCAGUGAAAUGAUUUGAACUGUGGACAGAAUUAGAUAUCUACGAUUGCUCCUUUGGUUGGACAUUUUUUCUUUUUAGUUUUACCUAGUGCCUUCCGGAAUCACAUUCGUCUUCAUGUUGUCUCCUUGUUAAGUAGAGUUUUAGUGUUAUUGUAGUAGAGCGUAGUUUCUUUCUUUACUUUCAUAGUAGUCUUUCCCUUCACAUCAUGGUGUACAUAGUAGGCCCUAUACACCCCGAUUGAACAUAGAGCAAGUUGAGAGUUGCGGGUUGAGUUUCAGAGUUAUAUAUACCUGGAUAGAGGUACAAUGUAUACUAUCAAGUACAUGUUUGGAGAAAAGUUACAAUUGGAGAUUAUUGGGUUUUAUAUACCCGGAGAGGGGUAUAUUAUCAAGUAUUGGUAUGCCUACAUUGCCGUUAAAAUAUACAUCUCGAUACAGUGAAAUCAUCAUUUGGGGUUCACUGUCCGAAAUUACAAUAAUAAGCAUUCUUUCAUUCUUCUUCACUUAUAAGUUUGACCUUUCAGUUGUUUUCCCCCAAUGUCUUCCUUGCAAAGUAUUCUUUCCGGCAACGUUUGCAUUGCGCUUAACGGACGGUGGCUGUACGAACAUUUGAACUCCCGACAUUUCGCUGCAAAAACACAAUUAUCUCCUUCCCGCAUAAUGCAUAACAAUAAUUUGUUGACCGAUUCUGAACAUCGGGACACUGACAAUGCCCAAAUGACAUCAGCGGAAGUCGCAAAAAUAAUUCUUGCCGAAGUCUGUCCGAUUGCUUUUCUGAGUGUUAACCUCGGCCUGUAGCAAUUAACAGCGAUGAUUGCUGUGGAAAGAAAAAGAAAAGAAAACCUCACGAACAGCCCGGUACGCUUCGUGUAUCGUUAUUGAGCGUGCACAUGAUUGUGCAUGUGCCCUCGCUGUGAUAAUAAUUCCCAGUCCUGUAGACAUAGCAUUCCCAACCCUUGCUACUCGAAUAUCAAGGUAAACAUUUCAAGCAUUAGAGGAAUUAUAACCGCAGACUUGAGUGCGUUUUGCUGCAGAGGGGACUUAUGUUGAUUCAAGAAUUAUCUUUUGUUUUUCCUUAAGAUCGACAUGUGUAUUCAUGGUUGCCAUUAAAACCUUGGAAAAGUAGUCCUGAGCUUCGCUCGCACCCCCUCCCUGCAAACAGGACGCUGGUAAGGGCUGACGUCAUUUGAGCUCUCAUUGGAUAGAUUUGCGUGACCUGUGACGUAGAACGCGUCACACAAACGCGUCACACAGCUUCCGGUGCCCAUCAUGCGUAGCGCGCGCUAGCUACAUGCGAAGGUCAAUCUGUACUUUCUUCACAAGAUUCUGUGAAGCUCAUCAGCCCUUACUAGCGCCCUGUUUGCGGGGCGGGGGUACGAGCGAAGUCCUGAGCGUUUAAAAAUUCGAGGUAUUUCAACCCAUGUUGGCGAGAGAA